CGCAUUGCACAUGCAAUUGGCAAAUCCACCCUCAGCUGUUUGCAACUCGAUCAGCAGCAGCUGUUACGACCAGCCACGACUCCUCAUCCAAUGCAGCACACCACACACGCUGUCCACACCAUCACGCUUCACUUUCUUGUCGGCCGUCACCACUACUGGAUACACAACAGAGACGAUGAGCAGUGAUUUGGCCACGCCAAUAGACGUGGACACGAAGCCCUCGCGCAGUGGCAAACACGUGUCUUUACUGGAUCCUUGCUGGUUGGUGGACAUUGAAUUCUUGCCGUACACGGCUGCGCGAUCGCUUGCAGAUGAGGCAGACAUUGAUCAGCGCGCAGACAUCCUCAAGUUGCAGAUCAACGAUGUGCACAGGCUUCUCUCCCUUCCAUACCAUGUGUUCUGGGCCCACGCGCUGCACGACAAGUCGCUUGGACGCUUCCUCAGCACGUUCCUCAAGCUCACCUCGCGGCCGUAUGAUCUCCCCAUCAUCAGCGCCCUCCCAGACAAGCUGAAGGCCCUCGAAACGCAGCUCGCACGCAAGGUGUUUCUGGUGUAUCUGCGGCUGUCCACGCACAAGGAGGCGCCAGACAAGUUCAUGACGCAGCGCGGGUACUCGGAGCUCAUCUACAACAACUGGGUGUUUGACAUGCCAAAGCUGCUGGACCUGUGCGCCAUCUUCGCUGCUAGCAACAGGCCGCUGCUGCAACGCAUGGUGUGCAACGUGUUUUCCCGCCAGCCAGCCUACUUUGACGACCUGAGCAACUCGCUCGUCGCCGUCUCCACGCUCAUCCACCGCACGUGCGCGCAGCAUUCCGCAGAGGGCGUGCCAGCUGACGUCCCCUUGCACGAGCGCGCCCCAACCAUUGCUGGCGCGCGCCGCAUUGCUGACCUCACACCGCAGGAGCACAUGGACCUGGCCGUGUUUGUGCAUGACAUUGCCAACACGCUGCGCUGUUUUGUCACCGCAUUCCCCGAGUGCAGUGUGCAGCUCCACCGCACGCGCAUCCUCGUUGCACUGUGCUGUCUGCACGCCUCAAUUGUGGGGCCACUGCUCACAGCAGCCAUCUCAGCUGCGGACACGGCAGGCGAUGAUGAUGGCGAUGAUGAUGGCGAUGAUGAUGGCGAUGAUGAUGACGACGAUGAUGACGACGAUGAUGAUGACGAGGAUGGGGAAGAGAGCGGCAAGGCGUUGGUGGUGCAAGCGUGCGCAGUCGCAGCAGAGAAUGCGUUGCUUGCAUGCAUCGUGGACAUGAUUGACUCCGUGUUUGUGCAGCCGCUGCUUCCCAACGGUGGGGCCAGCGCCGCCACCGACACAGCAGCAACACCACAGCCACCGGCAGCUGCUGUGACGUCGUCCCUGUCGCACGGGGAGAAGGAAGACAUGUUGUUUGACGCCAUGGAGGCACUCGUGCUGUACCCGCCCGUGGUGCAAUGGAUUGCGCGUGAGGAGGGGCUGGCUCGCGUGUUCGCCGAGCUGGCGGAGGUGGGCGACGACGGCGUUGAGGAGAUUCGCCUGCAGUUUUAUCGGAAGUUGCUUGCAGGCACGGAGGAGGUGGUGGACGCGGACGUGCUGGCUGAGGUGCAGGAAGACGAGAAGAAGAACCAGAAGAAGAAGCAGCAGCAGAAGAGUGGCAGCGAUGGUGAUGAUGACGAGGUAAGCGGCGCCGCCAUGGAUGGUGGAGAUGGCACGUCAAAGCGUGAUGCCAAGUUGGAAGGACAAGUGGACAGCGUGUUGGCUGUCGUGCCCGAUCUUGGCCGCGGGUUUGUCAAGGCCUGUCUCCGCGCCUGCGAGUUCAACGUGGAGAACGUGAUCAACCGCCUGUUUGAAGGGAACCUUCCGCCAGCUGUUGUGGAUCUUCCACGUGACCUCUCCGAUGAUGCUGAUGGCGAUGGCGGGGCGAAGAAGGACACGCGGUCCAUAUUUGAUGGCGAUCAAUUUGACAUCAUGGCUGGACGCAAGCUCGACCCAACCAAAGUCCAUCGCGGCAAGAGGCGCAUGGGCACAACGGCGUCGGUGCUUGGUGGUGACGAGGGGCGUGAGGCGGCAAAGGCGUACAUCAAGCGCAGCCUUGCACACGACCGGAAACUGCAGGCAGAACACGAGGCCGCAGCACAGCAGCUUGCACGCGAGGGCGGUGGUGAUGGUGCCAUGACGGCCUACGCUGAUGAUGGUGAUGGCGAUGAUGAUGCGCUGCAGGUGUUCAGUUCGUUUCUGUAUGAGGAUGAGUAUGACGACACGUAUGACGACAUGGAAGGCGUUGGGUCGAUGGAGCCCUCGACGGAGGAGGAAGCCGCACAGCAGCAGAUGAACUUCAAUCCAAACCGCGGGCGCAAGUGGCAGCCCGUGCACAUGGCCCAGGUUGCCCCACCCGCAGACGGUGAUGAUGAUGGUAAUGAUGGUGGUGAUGAUGAUGACGGUACACGUGGUGGUGGAUACCAGCGCGGUCACCCGCCACAGGGACGCCCAUUCCCAGGGAGAGGCGCUCCAAGUGCUGGCAGGGGCGGUAGAGGGCGGGGAAGAGGAGGAGGUGGUGGAAGAAGAGGAGGAGGUGGUGGUGGCCGUGGAAGCGGUGGCGACCUUGUCGGUGAAGGCGGUGAUGCAAGCAAGACCGCCAAGGCACGGCGACGCAAGGAGAGCAACAAGGCAAAGUACGCGAACCACAACCGAAAGGCGCGCGCGAUGAAGAAGCAGGCCCAGGCGAUGCCACGCUAGCACGGACGUCACAUCACAUCUCGCGCAUUGAGUAUGCAUCUGCCUUGCGUCUUCUCCUCUCUCUCUCUCUCUCUUGCAUCUGCCUCGUGUCUUUUUCUUCUUCUUGUCGUUCUCUCUCUAUGACUCUCGUUGUCUGUCCCUCGCCCAAAUUCUCUCAACCUCCCCUUGCAAACACUUGUGUCUUGGCCCUGGUGCUGUUGUCUGUACACGAGGAGGCUCGAUUGUUCCACCAUUUAUACACCAACCAUCAACGACA